AUGACUCCUUGGAAGGCUUUAGCAGAAGGCCAUCGUACCAAACGAGAUGCUUUGAUUCCACCAGAAUGGAUUCUUUCAGAAGAGCGCUUGCUGAAACUUUCAGGGGCUGAUACAUGCGACGCUGGGCGACUUAUCGCCCUCGACGUUUUCUCGAGGUCAGAGCUUCUUUCGGAUGAAGAAAUUGAGAUCACGACUCGAUAUGAUGCAACCAUCCUGCUUCGGAAAAUCGCAACCGGCGUCCUGUCUUCCGAGGCUGUGGUUGUGGCAUUUUGUAAGAGAGCGGCUCUCGCACAGCAAUGGACUUCCUGCCUGACAGAGGUUUUUUUCCAAGAAGCCAUAGAAAGGGCCAGGGGUCUAGACAAGUACUUGAAAGAGAAUAAAAGAACCUCGGGUCCAUUACACGGCCUCCCGAUAAGCCUGAAAGACUCGUUCCAGGUGAAAGGACACUAUGCUACUUUAGGCUAUACAAAAAGUCUUGAUGGAGAAGCUUCAAAUACGAAUUCAGCUUUGGUAUACCUGUUGCUUGAUGCAGGUGCUGUGUUUUACUGCAAGACCAACAUUCCUCAGACAAUGAUGACUGCAGACUCGGAGAACAACAUUUUCGGUCGAACGCUGAAUCCGCACAAGACCAGUCUCACUGCGGGAGGAUCAAGCGGUGGCGAGGGCGCUCUCGUUGCCGCUCGAGGAUCACCCUUGGGUGUGGGUACUGACAUUGCCGGCUCCAUCAGAAUACCGUCACUAUGCUGUGGCAUCUAUGGUUUUAAGCCAACAUGUAACAGGGUGCCAUAUGGUGGUCAAGCUUGGGCUCCAUUUCCUCGGCUGGGUUUUCCUGGAGGCAUAAGUCCAAGUGCCGGUCCCCUUGCCAACUCAGUAGAGGACUUGGCACUCUUUAUGGAGGUAGUCAUCCAAAAACGCCCAUGGACAUAUGAUCCGACUGCAUUAGACCUCGAUUGGAGGAAGAUUGAGUUGGGUCGACAAAAGAACCUGACUAUAGGCAUUCUUGCUGAAGAUCCAGAAUAUCCUCUGAUGCCGCCAGUUCGAAGGACUUUGAGCGAAGCGACCGACAAGCUCAGCAGAGCUGGUCACACUAUUAUACAUCUUCCAGCAGACCUGUCAUGCGGGGUUGGGCUAGCUGGCAGGCUGGCAUAUCAAUUCUAUGGGCUCGUGAAGGCUGGGUUUGAGUGUGCAGAGGAGAUCACUGGUGAACCGCCCAUCAAAUCUGUGGCGCUAGGGGUACAUCCUUUCAGCAUGGCUGGGUUUCCUGUCCGCCCUGAUUUAGAUUUGCCUGAAAAGAUUGACCAUCUUACUGCAGCACGCGAAAAUUUUGCGAUUGCCUGGCAGGAAAAGUGGCGAGACAAUAAUCUCGACGUCGUAGUAUCGCCAGGGUCGAACACGACGGCUGUCCCCCAUGACACAUAUGGUUGCCCAGUGUAUACAAUGAUUUGGAAUCUUCUUGACUUUCCGGCUGGAAUCAUUCCUUUUGGCAAAUCUUCAAUGAAAGUUGAUGCAAGGUGCGAGAAAGCUGAAGGGGCCUUCGAAGCUGACUACGAUCCUAGUGCUUGGGAUGGGGCUCCCUGUGCAAUCCAGGUUGUCGCGCCCAGGUUUCGUGACGAGGAAUGCUUGGCGGCCAUGCGUAUCAUUGAUCAAGACCUUCGCAGGCCUUAG